UACCGAAAAUACCCUUCUAAUCCCGAUUCUUCCUUCAUGAAAAUCUAUAAACUCAUUCAUAUAUAAAUACCCGAUCUUCUUCUCUCUCUCUUCUCCUUCAAAACCCUAGAUCGCAUUCAGCUUUCGAAUUCCAAUCUCUCCACUGCCAUUUCACAGUCUAGAUCUGGAAAAUUCAGCUCCAGAUCGACGAUCUUCUCUGCAUUUCAUCUUUUUGCACGGAGAAAUUGGAUCUCAUUCCUCUUGAAUGGAGAUUUUUUUAUUUUUUAUUUUUCACAUUUCUUCUCGGGGAAUUUUUAUGUGAUUUGAGGCCUUUCUUGUGAUUGCUGCAGCGAACCGCAUCGAGUUGUUGUAUUUUAGAGCUUUUAAUUUUGCAUUUUGAGAUAUUUUGUUGAAUUAUUUUUAUAUUUUAUUGUACUGAUCUAACGAUUGGCGGAUAUACAAUCUUUUAAGAGUAUACUUAAAAAGGAAUCGGAAUAGGUGAUCUUGACAUUGAGAUCUGUAGAAAUGAGAUUGUAGUGGAUUUUCAUGGCAUCGGGAAAUGCGGUGAUUUCUGAUAAAAUGCAGUUUCCAAGCGGUGGCGGUGGCGGUGGUAAUGGUGAGAUCCAUCACCCCCGGCAGUUGGUCCUGGACGAGCGGGAUGGGUUCAUCUUCUGGCUGCGGGGGGAAUUUGCUGCUGCGAAUGCCAUCAUUGACUCUUUAUGUAACCAUCUACGGUCCAUUGGCGAUACAGGGGAGUAUGAUUUCGUUCUCAGUUGCAUACAGCAGCGGCGGUGCAAUUGGAAUCCGGUCCUUCAUAUGCAGCAGUAUUUCUCGGUAGCGGAAGUGAUGUACGCAUUGCAGCAGGCAACGUGGAGGCGGCAGCAGAGGUGCUUCGAUCAGACUAAGAUUGUGGAGAAGGAUUCGAAGAGAUAUGGUUUUGGGUAUAGACACGUGCAGAAACCUGGUUUUGAACCUCAGUCUCGCAAUGUGAAUUCUUCUGUUACCUUGAAUGGUCCGGAUUUGAGCUCAGAUAAAGGAGAACAGAAGUCAGAGGAAGAAGAGGAGGGGAAAGAGAGGAGCGAGAUCCAACAGUUGGAUGAGAAGGGUUCGGUAGCAGUUGAAGAUAAGGAAGGGGUUGAUGGCAUUACUAGUUCUCAGGCAGAUUGCAACCUGAAGAAUGGUGGAAACCCAUCAGAAACCUGCUGCAAUAAUUUGGGGCCUGAGACAAUGAAGGAUGGUUGUCCCCCCGAGUUGAAAGUGCCUUGCAAGACUGUCCCUCCAAAGGGUGGGGCUGAUGCUAGCCUAAACCAAGAUGAGAAGCAGAAACUGAUGCCAGCCCCUAAAGUUUUUGUUGGCACUGAAAAUUUUGACCAGAAAACGGUUAAUGUUGUUGAAGGGCUAAAACUGUAUGAGGAACUGUUUGAUAGCUCUGAAAUUUCAAGGCUUGCUUCAUUGGCAAAUGAAUUGAGAGCAGCUGGACGGAGAGGAGAGCUUCAAGGGCAGACAUAUGCUGUUUCAAAGAGACCUAUGAAGGGGCAUGGAAGAGAAAUGAUACAAUUGGGAGUCCCGGUUGCAGAUGGACCACCAGACGAUGAACAUUCAUCUGGGACCUUCAAAGGCAAGAAGGUGGAACCCAUUCCUAGCUUGCUGCAAGAUGCUAUCAAUCAAUUUCUUCGUUUGCAAGUAACGACUUUGAAGCCAGAUUCUUGCAUCAUCGACUUCUUUAAUGAGGGGGAUCAUUUGCAGCCUCACCUGUACCCACCAUGGUAUGGUAGGCCUAUCUGCGUUCUGCCCUUGACAGAAUGUGAUGCGGUUUUCGGCAAAGUCAUUGGACUAGAUCACCCUGGGGAUUACAGAGGCUCCCUUAAGCUCUCUCUGGCAGCUGGGUCGCUGCUUGUGAUUCAAGGGAAAAGUGCAGAUAUUGCCAGGCAUGCAAUCUCAUCGAUGCGCAAGCAGCGCAUCCUUGUCACCUUCACAAAGUCACAGCCAAAGAAAGCCCCGCUAACCGACGGCCAGCACCACUCCAUGGCCCCGGCAGCCACUGCACCACCACCACCCUUGCCUUGGGGGCCACCCCCAAGCAGGCAGCUGAGCAUUGCACGCCAUCCGGCAGGCCCAAAGCAUUUUGGAGCAGUGCCCACUACGGGCGUGCUGCCCGCCCCAUCUAUUGGUCCACAACGCCUACCGCAUCCCAAUGGCAUACAACCACUAUUUGUGACUGCCCCAGUGGCGCCAGCAGUGCCAUACCCAGCACCGGUGCCACCGCUCCCACCUGUGUCGGCUGGAUGGCAGGUGGUUCCUCCAAGGCCGGCCCCACCUCGGCUCCUGGUACCAGGAACUGGAGUCUUCCUCCCUCCCCCUGGCUCAACAGGUCAUUCCCCAACUACACAGCAGCCAGUGGCAGUGAUCACAGCUGAAGCAAGCAUCCCAGCGGAGACGGCGUGCCCACCAGAGAGUGAAAAUGCAGGGCCAGAAAGAUUGAAUUCUGGAAGCAAUGGUCCGAAGGGUAAGAUAGAUGGAAAAGGGCAGAGACAGGAAUGCAAUGUAAGUCUCAGCAGUGUUGGUGGUGGAAAGGUUGGGGCCAAGGAAGACGAGCAGAGUGUUAACGUCAAGAAGGUUGCAGGCAAGCUGGCUGCUGCCGUUAAAUGAGAGAGAGAGAGAGAGAGAGAGAGAGAGAGAGAGAGAGAGAGAGGGUAAUUCUUUCAAGCAUUUGAAAAGAGAGUAGGCUGCAAUGCGGCCACCGAGACUGGGGCAAAUGUAAAGAGCGGCGGAGGGGAGAGAGAGAGGCUUGACUUUUGAGAACUAUUUUUUCAGUUUCUGUAGCAAUUUUUCUUCUUCUGGAUUUGUAUUUUUCCAGUCUCUUUCUCUCUCUACCUAUAUUGGAUCGGUUGAAUUCACAAAAUAGAUUUGAAAAGAAACAUCGAUGAGGAAAUCUGUGGAAGGUCGUUGGUUUUAGUUUCCAUCAUGUCGAGGGAAACUUUA